UUAAUAAUAAUAAUAAUUAUUAAAAACAGAGAAGUAGUAGAAGAAGAGAGAAAAAAACAAACAAAAAAAACAAACCCAUUGUCAACUUUCCCCUCUGCAACUCUCUCUUUUUCGUCUUAACUGUCCAAAGUCCAGAUCUUUCUCCAGUCUCUCUCUCUCUCUCUCAGCCAAAGUCUGCAAAUUUUUUCACUCUUCACUCUCACUCCCAGUCUCCCCAACAUGAGCCAUCAAUCUUUUAUUGUUUCUUGUUCUUGAAUUAUUAAAAUCUCACAGUUCUCUUUACAUUGCCUUGCUUUGACCCCUUUCUUUCGAGGUUUCUGUCUCGAAGCUCGAAUCUUUAUUGACCCAAAUCUUGAAAACUCUCAAUCUAUACAAUAUCAAGGCCAAACGGUUUAUUUUUUUUUAUUAAAAAAAGUGGGUUUUGUUUUGUUUCUCAACAGGAAAUGAGGGAUGUUGUCGUGGCUAACAAGAAUAGCAAUGGCUUGUUGGAGACCGGGGAGGCAAUAUGCACGUAUGAGCAAGGAUGACAUUUUAAAUGAUGAUGAUGAUUCUACUACUGGCGACUCUCUUCUAUGGUCUAGAGACCUUGAGAAACACUCUUUUGGAGAGUUCUCUUUUGCUGUGGUUCAAGCCAAUGAGGUUAUUGAAGAUCAUAGUCAAGUAGAGAGUGGUCGUGAUGCUACUUUUAUUGGUGUUUAUGAUGGUCAUGGUGGACCUGAUGCGUCUCGGUUCAUAUCUGACCAUUUGUUCUUAAAUCUCAUGAGGCAUGCCAGAGAAAGAGGAACCAUCUCUGAAGAAAUCCUUAGAAGUGCCGUCUCUUCAACUGAGGAUGGGUUUCUUACUCUUGUCCGUAGGUCAUGUGGAAUAAAACCAUUGAUUGCAGCAGUUGGAUCUUGUUGCUUGGUUGGAGUCAUCUGGAGAGGGACAUUAUUUGUUGCUAAUCUCGGUGAUUCUCGAGCUGUAAUUGGCUCUUUAGGUAGAUCGAAUAAGAUAGUUGCCGAGCAGUUGACCAGGGAUCAUAAUGCUAGUAUGGAAGAGGUUAGACAAGAACUAAAAUCCUUGCAUCCAGAUGAUUCACAUAUUGUUGUUAUGAAGCAUGGAGUGUGGCGAAUCAAAGGCAUUAUUCAGGUAUCUAGAUCUAUAGGUGAUGCAUACUUGAAGCGGCCUGAGUUUUCUCUUGAUCCUUCUUUUCCACGAUUUCACCUCCCUGAACCCAUUCGUCGGCCUGUGCUAACAUCCGAACCAUCCAUAUACUCAAGGGUUUUACGGCCCAAUGAUAAAUUUGUCAUAUUUGCAUCCGAUGGGCUGUGGGAACACCUAACAAACCAGGAGGCAGUGGAGAUUGUGUACAAUAAUCCACGAGCUGGAAUUGCAAGGAGACUAGUAAGAGCAGCUCUAAAUAUGGCAGCUAGGAAGAGGGUGAUGAGGUAUGAUGAUCUUAAGAAGGUUGAUAGAGGGGUCAGGCGUUUUUUUCAUGAUGAUAUAACAGUAGUUGUGAUCUUUAUAGACCAUGAGUUGCUAGGAAAUAGUACACCUGUGCCAGAGAUGUCAGUGCGAGGGUUUAUCGACACUGUUGGACCAUCAAACUUUAACUUUCUUCAAGGAGUUGACGCUCAUGCCCGGUCCAUCAACUAAACGAGCAUCUGGGCACUUGAAAUGGGCAGUCUAGUAGCCUAGUCAAAGGAGCAAACUUGGCAAGUUUCUGCUGUCAGUUCCCUUUUUUUUCUUUUUUUUUUUGCAACAUCUUAUAUCUUAUAGUGCUGGUACCUCCCCCUUCUCUUUUCCAAGUUUUUGUGGGCCGUCGAGCCUGAUUUCCUUCACUCUGAUACUGUGCUCCAUGUUGAAAUUCUUACGAGGGAAGUUACAGAUUUUUGGGUUUGACAUGUGGGCUCUGUAUACACCUGAAGUUUGUACUAUUCACACGCCAUAAAUCAAUAAAAAAGUGUGUUCGUCUGGUAAA